GAGCUUCUUGUUCCUACAUCUCAAAGGACUAAGAACACACUUCCACUCUUUCUCCUUUCCUUCAUCCUCAUUUCAGCCAAAACAUGUCUCACACCUCUCAAAACAUCACCAAGGAAGAUUUGGUUGCAUCCAAUGCCGAACUCAAAGCUCAAGUUGAGUAUUUGGCCAAACAAGUGGCUCAACUCACUAAAAUGAAGUUGAAGAUGACGGAGACACCCGAGGAAAGUGAAGACGAGCAAGAAGAAGAGUCCCAUGCAGAAACUCCUUCCUCCUCCAUACGAAAGGACAACCAAGAGAAGUCCUCCACUGGUUUCAAGGUUGAAAUCUCAACCUUUGAUGGCAAGGAUGAUCCUGAUGAUUUUAUCGAAUGGUUAGAGACGGUUGAACGCGUCUUUGACUAUGUUGAAGUUCCGGAAGACAAGAAGGUCAAACUUGUGGCCUUAAAAUUCAGAGGCUACGCAUCUACGUGGUGGACUAACACUACCACCAAGCGCAAAAGAGAAGGCAAAGCUGUUGUUCAAACAUGGACCAAGAUGAGGGCUUUAUUGAAGAAGUUCAUUCCCACUGAUUAUAUAAGGGAAAACUUUGCUAGGCUUCAACACCUAAGGCAAGGAAAUCGGUCCGUAGAAGAAUACAAUCGAGAGUUUGAAGAACUCUUGAUGCGGUGUGAUCUCCAAGAGAAUGACUCACAAACCUUUGUCAGAUAUCUCUUUGGCCUAAACACCCAAAUCGCCAACACAGUGGAGCUGCAAACCUUUGAGAGCCUUGAAGAGUCAACCAAGUUAGCACUUAAGGGAUUCCAUGAAGACACGCAUGAGAGAAAGAACACUCAUUUUGAGUGUACAAGGUGGCGUUUCCAAAUUCCCCUUCCCCGAGGGCCAAAGCGAAGAGUGUUUGAAGAUGAAGAUUCAAGCAUGAUAGCAUUCUGCUCUGAAGAUGAACCUGAAGAAAACUCGAGUUUGAGGGCAAACUCUUUCGAAGAAGGGGAGGAUGUUAUAUCCAGGGUCACUGCAUCCAAGUUGCGAGACAUAUUUCAAAUAAGGACCAGACUCACAGAACAUGGGUUAAAUGCUGGGUCAGAAGAGGUUAAGGAAGCAGAAGAUGAAGAAAAGAAGAUCCAAAUGUUAUUUCAACCAGCUUUUGAGGCCUACUUCGAAACAAUUUUCAGGGCAGUGGAAAGACAGGUUCAAGAGGCUUUGGCGAAGACAUCACUACUGGAUAAACUGAAAAUGGGACUUUUUCAAAACAUGUCGGGUAAGACACUUAGAGCAACACGGGAGACGGUGAAAAGCAUGGAAAAGGUUACCCUUGUUCAAUUUGAAGAUUCUAAAUACCCAGCAUUUAUUUCUUGUUCCAAAGCAGAUGAAAGGCUUGUGGCGGAAUUUCUAUCAGGGGAACAGGCUGAAGAGUCACAAGCUACAAUUGGUUAAUGAUUAAUCUUGUUUCUUUUAAUGCAUCCAGGAAAUAAAACAUUAAGCCCUUG